AUGUCCUCUGGUGGUAAUAAGCAGUUGAAUAAAAAUCAAUUGUUUAAAAGAGAUAAGAUUAGAAAUGCAAGGUUCAUCAGAGCACAGACUCUGAAGUAUGAUAAUGCUAAAACUCCAGACUUAUCGAAGGAGAAUGCGGCAACCUUGAACGUACACAAUUUCAUCGAUUCACGGUCUUAUGAUAUUGAACAAUUAUUUAUAUCAAUGAAGAAUUCAAAGUCAAGCAACUCUACUAGAGUCUUUCAAUCUUUACCACGUAAGUUGAGGAGAAGAACUGCUUCCCAUAACAUUAAAAGAAUACCAAAAAGAAUGCGUAAUAGAGCUAAAAGAGAAAUGAAUAAAAAUAACUUACAGUCUGACAUCAACACUGUUACGACAAAGAAAAAUGGGAAAAAAUUAAAUUCAAAGGAAUUGUACAAGGCAAAAAUGUCUUUGAAACUGUUGAGAUUAUUCACUAAAUCAAAACAAUUGAAAUUAUCAAUUUCAGAUUCAUUGACAGUUUCCACUUCUCAUAAAUCAAUUAGACAAAAAAUCGCAUUCCUGCAUAAACUCAUUAAAGAUUAUACCAAGGAUAAAUCUUUGACAGAUAUCAAUAAUUUAUUGAAUAAUAUUAAUGGCAGUUUUGAUAACACAGGUAUCAACCAAUUAUCGAAAAUUAGCCAUAAUAGAAUAAAGUAUUUGAAAAGACAAAAUAAUUUUAAUUGGCUUUCUUCUCACAUUUGGAACGCUAAAAGAUCUCACAUGAUUAAAAGAUGGGGCUUCCAAAUUCCUUAUGCCCCAACCCAGAAGUGCUACAGAUUGACGCACCGUCUAGGUGGUAACACAGCAGCAUCCGAUGGGGCUCUGUGCAUGGAUUCAAGUUACAUAGGAACAAUGAUACUAUCACAUACUGAUAAUACAAAAGUAAAUGAGGUAAUUAAAAUCAUUUCAAAUAGCAAAGCUAUCCAAAGCAAGUAUAAAAACAAAUUAUACUGGUUUGAAGGGUUAUGUUAUAAUUUCAAUGGCGAUGUUCUAGGUCCAUUAGAUUUAUUAUGGAUAUCGGAAAAUACGGUAAUGAUAAGAUUGCAUCCUUCUUUUUUUGAAACAAUAUUCAAUUCCAUAUUGGAUUAUGAUAACGAAUUCAAUUUGCAAGAUUGUAGAUUUUCAUUAUCAAGUAUCUUAAUAAGAGGUGCAAAAACCUUAACCGCAUUAUCUUCUAUUAUCAGAACUCCAAACCCAUCUGAAUCCUUUAAUCAAUUCAUUAAUAUUUCCAGCAUCUCAGAUUAUUCAUCUCUACCAAAAAGAUCAAUAUUUGCAUUCAACUCAAUCGAUCCAAGGUACUUAUCAACUCCUAGUCCAAUUAAACCUAAAAAAAAAACAACUUCGGAUGAUAUUCUGAAAUUACAAAACAAUUUGCCAGCCGAUGAGAUUACAAAUAUCUUAAAUAAACUUUCAGACCCAAAAGAGAGAAAUUUGUCUUAUCGCAAUCAAAAUUCUCUGAAGCAGUUGGCACAGAGACGUAGACAAUUGUUGUUAAAGAAACCAGGCGAAACUAAAAACCAAAUAUCGUUCAAUGAAGGAAAAGAUCCUAAGAUCCCAUUGCUAUUAGUGAAAAGACCAAAGUCCAACGAUUGGUUAUUAAUCUUACCAUGGCACUGGUUGUUGCCUUUUUGGUACCAAUUAAACCGGAUCUCAAGAGUCUAUCACAUUGGAUUGAGACAAUUGCAGCAGUUGAACUACGAAAACCAGCAAUUAUACUUCCCAGAUGAUUUCCCAUUCACCAAAGCUGGCCAUUUAGAAAAUUCGAUUUUUAAAAGAGAUUCAAAUUCUAAAAAAUGGGAACGUAAACCAAUUGGAAAAAGGCUGAAUUACACUAAAGUUAAAAAUAUUCAUGCCAUGGAUUUACCAUCAGUAAAAGGUGAAAUUGGUGAUUACUUUAGUUGUGAUUGGGAAUUUUUAAGAAUCUUACGUAAUGGUAUUAACUACUUACUCCAAAAAGAGGGUAAAUUAACAAUGGUAUCAUCCUCUAGAACAAGUUCCUUUGAUGAAAAGACAAGCUUGAGAAAUCUCAAUGUAUUAAACGAUAUCAUCGAAUUAUAUAAAGACUCACAAGCCAAAAAAGAAAAUAACGAAUUAGUUCCUGUUAUUUUGUCAUCAAAGCCUGAAAAGUAUCCAUUGGACCUCAACAAAGCACCAAUACAAUUAUCAAUUAUAGAAACUCCAUUGAAAGUAACACCAAUCUCAUGCACAUUUCUGGAAAAAGGUCAUCCUGCGGAUUAUGCUAGAAUUUAUCAUAUACCAAAAGAACAUUAUAAGCAUUGGCUCCAAGUCGCAAAUGGUAUAUAUAGAUCCGAUGGUAAGAGAGACCACGAGAUAGAACAUCCAAAGCCUGAUAUAAACCAUCUAAUAGGGUUUGUCACAAGCGGAACUUAUCAUCAAGGUCAAGGUAGAGGCGUCGCAAAUGGCUUUGUCGACUCUUCUUCAUUAGAAACUUCAAAGCAAAACUACGUCUUGAUAAGAAAUGUAGGCACAAACGUCUACCGCAUAGCGAAAGCAUCAUUGAUAGAUAUAUAG